AUGCGGAAACUGAGGAGGGGACUGAGCCAGCUAAAAAUAAAAGAUUUACCGGAAAGUUUCUUUUUAAUGGAGCAAUUACGGAACAGUACCAGUGCCGUGAGCAGCAUUUCAGUGGAAUAUAUCAACAGACUUUACGUCAAACUAGAUAAAGACAACACAGAUUGUCCUAAAAAGCUACUUCCGGGGAUGGAUCUAUGUCCCGGAUAUAAGGUUAUGGAUUUUGACAGAUUUCGGAUCCCCAGAAUGAUGCUUCAGGUGAAGUGUAAGUGUAAAUCUUGUGUCGGACGCGACGACAGCUCAACACACUGCACGCCUAUGUACUAUUAUACCCGGGUACUGAGGGUUACGGAUUGUGAUGACAGGGGAUUUUAUGUCUACAAUUAUCACUGGGAGAAAGUCUCCAACGGCUGUGUAUGCAAAGGAAGAAGAAAGGCCCCCCAGCUUCCCCAGUGA